UUUGCCCGAUACACCUUACAUAUCAUAACUAACACACAGCUUUUGAUGUUAUUUACUUUUUCAGGGACAAAUUGGCUUGCAGAAAUUGUCUCGCAAAUUUACAACGAAGGCAACCUGUCAGAAAAACGAGGUUUCCUCCUGGAAAGAGCACUACACUCACACCAACCAAAUUCCCCAACGCCUGAUCUCAGCGCCCUGCCAAGUCCAAGGAUUUUUAAGACACAUCUACCUUACAAUGUGAUCCCUAAAUCACCAAACAAGGACACGGUGUGCAAAUACAUUUACGUUGCUCGAAAUCCAAAGGACGUUGUGGUAUCUUAUUAUUUUUUCUGGUCAGGCAUUUCAUCAUCGUGGCAUGGGCCGUGGGAAUUUUUUGCUAAACUAUUCGUUGAAGGAAAUGGUAGGUUCUUUACGUUAGGAAAAUUAUACAUUUAGCCUUAUUUCUGCUAUCUUCCGAUUGUUUUGUUCUCUGAUUUUAUUCGACAGCUGUAAGCUUUCAAAAAGCCCUCUCCUCACACCCCUCUCCACCCCCAAAACAUCCUCUCCUCUUAUCUAAAAACCACCCCCACCAAAUGAGGAACAGUUUAAGAGGAACAAAUGUCUUUCUACUCAACGAAGUUGGUUGUUUCUAUUUUUUAAGUCCCCUGGAACCACUGGAAUGACCAUGUUCUGGACUGGUGGAAGCACAAAGAUGAUGCUAACAUCUUGUUUGUUAAAUAUGAAGAUCUAAAAAAGGUUUGUUGUAGUCUUAAGAAACUCCUCAAUUCCACAACCGAUCAACAUGUCAGUUAUCCUCACUAUCUGAUUCAGUAAACUGGUGGCGAGAAUAGACUGACGUUAAGUGUCAGUUCAUGUCAAUCUCCCGAGUGGCGCGGAGUACAACGUUUAUUCUUUCCCACCAAUAAGCGCCAGCCAAUCAAAUUUUACCUCAUAAAUUUCGACAGCAGUUCCUGGAAAUUCUGAAAAAUAUGCGAAUUAUUUCAUCUAAUAUCCUUCUAGAAUAAGAUGGCGAUCUGCCAACGACACAAAAAUGUUGCACCCGAAGUAACUUCGACAGGCAAUAACCUCGGCAUUAUCAACAGGACAGUUAACCCACCAUUUGGCGACCGUAAAUCAAACUGGCUAUGACCGCCAGUAUAAGAGAAUACACUUUGCCCAAUACAACAGGACAUACUUAACCGCUGUCCGCACGAAUUGUUUUUGGAAACGUCGAGAAAGAACAGAACAAUAAAACACCAAUAUGCUUACCUCACUUUGACUUUAGAUUGUGAAAAUGAGUUAUUAGAACGUCUCAAAUUGUUGCAUGACUGCCGAACACAGGCUGCCAAAUUGCUGACUUACACUCCAAAUUUUUUUACUUUGGUCGCCAAGGUAGAGACCUUCACGGUGGCCUCUCGGAGCGCCGGUUUUACGUAUUAUUGAUAAUUCAUGGCUUUUGCUUGGUUAUAACAUUGAUACUGAUAUUUCAAAGCAUAAGUGCUGUUUAAUCUCUUUGACCCUUGGAGAGAGUUUUGCCCUACUGCUGGCUAAAUACCAAACAUUAAUCGUGCAAAUUAGGAACAAGUUCGUAUACAAAAGAGCAAAUCCCCUUGUCUUUUGGGAUCUACUCUCCCAUGUUCGGUCAAUCGCAGACUUCCUCAACAGGCCACUGACUGAUGAUAUUAUCAGUCGCAUCGCUGAGCAAAGCAGCUUCAGCGCAAUGAAGAAAGACCGUGAUUCAGUUCUUACAGUUCCAUUCAGGGAUGGCCGAAAUGUGCCGAUUCUUCGGAAGGGCGUGGUCGGUGACUGGAAAAAUUACUUUACUCCGGAGUUGAACGAGAGAUUUGAGAAGGAGGUGCUGGCAAAAUUACAAGGAAGUGGACUAGAGUUUGAUUUUGAAAUAUAA